AUGGCCAUCAUUUAGAACCCAUAUACUCUAGAGAGAGAAAGUGAGGAGAGAGAGAGAAGCAGUGACUGAAGUGUUGAGAGAAAAGCCUGAGCUUAUCACCACUCUAGCUUCUGCAGAGAGAUACCAAUGGGAGAGGAGGAGAAGAAAGCGGCUGAAAAGAAGGAGGACCCACCUAGCGCCGCCGGCGGAGAUGAGAAGAAGGCGGAGGGAGAGGCAAAGCCGGCGGAGGAAUCCAAAGACGCGCCGCCGCCUCCUCCGCCGCCGCAAGAGAUUGUAUUGAGAGUUUUCAUGCAUUGCGAAGGCUGCGCUCGGAAAGUUCGCCGCUGCCUUAAAGACUUUGAUGGAGUUGAAGAUGUGGUGACUGAUUGUAAGACUCACAAGGUUGUGGUGAAAGGGGAAAAGGCAGAUCCAGUGAAGGUGUUAGAGAGGGUGCAGAAGAAGAGCCACCGUCAAGUGGAGCUCCUGUCACCCAUCCCGGCGCCGGCGCCGGAGGAGGAGCACAAGAAGCCGCCGGAGGAAGUUGCGAAACCGGAGGAGAAAAAAGAGGAGCCUCAGGUGAUUACAGUGGUUUUGAAAGCUCACAUGCAUUGUGAGGCUUGUGCUGAAGCAAUCAAAAAGAGGAUUUUGAGAAUGAAAGGCGUGGAGAAUGUGGAACCCGACUUUAAGGGCUCACAAGUCACGGUGAGAGGGGUGUUUGAUCCGCAGAACCUAGUGGACUAUGUAGCGAAGAAGACAGGGAAACGGGCGGUGGUGGUGAAGGUGGAGCCGAAGAAGGACGAGGCUGCAGGGGAGAAGGCAAAGGAAGGGAAAGAGGAGAAGAAGGCGGAGGAAGGGAAGAAAGGCGGCGAUGGUGAUGGCGGGGAGAAGAAGGAAGGCGAAAGUGGUGGCGGGGAGAAGAAGGAAGGCGACGGGGAGGGUGUUGAAUUGGCAGAAGACCCAAAGAUGGAAAUGAAAAAACAUGAACUCUACUACUCCUACUACCCCCCAAUCCAAGUCAAUAAUCCUAAUUAUCACCAUCAAAGGUUUGUUGCUGCACAAGAUGGUGGGUAUGGCUAUGGGUACCCACAGAUGUUCAGUGAUGAGAACCCUAAUGCAUGUUCAGUUAUGUAAAUUGAAUGGAACAUGAGAGGGGUAGAAUGGGGAAGAAAUAUGAAUGUAAGUCACAUGGUGGGUAGUAAGGGGCCCCUCCAUGGGGGCCAUAUCUUCUUCCUUUGACUGGUUGUGCUCUGCAUGUGGCCCUUGUCUGGGGCCUCAGUUAGUAGUUUAUGUAAUGUCUGCAACCAGAAACUGUAGAAUUUUUUGUGAGUUUUUAUUGUCACCUUUUGUCCUUCCUUUGCCUAUGAUGCUUGUUCCAUACUAGAAAUAGCCAGAGAAGUAAUGUAUUAUAGUACUUUGGUACUAUACCAUAUAGUAGAUUAUGCACCUCCAGUUUUGCAUCUUCUGUA